CAGCUGGAGCAUUUGCUGGUAUAACAGCUCAAGCAGCCAUUUAUCCGAUGGAAGUUAUAAAAACAAAGCUUGCUAUUGCGAAGACCAACCAAUACAAUGGCAUAUAUGACUGUGCAAGGACGGUGAUGAAAACAGAUGGAAUUCGUGGUUUCUACAGGGGAAUGACACCUGCUUUACUCGGCAUGAUACCUUACGCUGGAAUUGAUUUGUGUAUCUAUGAGACAAUGAAGAAUAACUGGAUUAAUAGCUAUUCAGGCGAACGAAAACCAAAUUGCUUUGUAUAUUGCUUAAGCGCUUUUACAUCAGCCACUAUUGCACAGUCAGCUAGCUAUCCAUUGGGUUUGGUCCGAACAAAACUGCAAGCGCAUUCAUCUUCAAUCAACGCUGCUCCUGUUGGUAUGGUGCAGAUGUUUAAAUCAAUUGUCAAAGAGCAAGGCUACAGUGGAUUGUACAGAGGGAUCGUCCCAAGUUACCUUAAAGUGUUACCUUCCGUUACUAUCACCUAUAUAAUGUAUGAAUACAUGCGGCAAGCAUUAGGCAUGCCUUCCCAGCAAUAACACGCUUCAGUAGUA